ACAUCCUACGACCUCCUUGUCCGAACCGAGCAGAGCUUCCCUCCCUCCCCUCGCCGGCCGCGACGACGACCACCCACCACCUCCUCUGUCCUCUCCAGCGACCACCACGGUGGAGCCACCGCGUCAUCGAGCUCCCAUGUCUGCCGCCGCCGCCGCCGCCGUGCUGCGCCCAGCACCUCGGUGGGGCGGCGCGCCGUCGCACCGCCGGGGCCUGGAGCAGCACCUGGCCUCGCUCCCGCACGGCCUCCCGUGCCUCCGCCACGUGCAGGAGCUCCACGCACAGCUCCUCAAGCAGGGGCUCCAUCGCGACCCGCUCGCGGCCUCCAAGCUCAUCGGCUCCUACGCACUCCUCCGCCGCGUCCCCGCAUGCCGCCGCGUCUUCGCCGCGCUACCCAACCCGCACGCCACCACCUUCCUCGCCAACACUCUCCUCCGAGCCUACGCGCUGAACUCCCUUCCGCACGCCGCGCUCGCCGCCUUCGCCGCCAUGCCUCAGCGGGACACCUUCACCUACUCCUUCCUCAUCAAGGCGCUGGCCGCCGCCGGUGUCGCGCCCAUCCGCGCGGCGCACUCGCACGUCGUAAAACACGGGGCCGCCGAUGACACCUUCGUCGGGAACGCGCUCAUCGACGCCUACUCCAAGAACGGUGGGUUCGCGGAAGCCGGGAAGGUGUUCGACGAAAUGCCAACACGGGACGUCGUGUCCUGGAACACGGCCAUGGCCGCGAUGGUGCGGCAUGGUGAGGUAGCUGGCGCGAGGCGGAUGUUCGACGAGAUGCCAGAGAGGGACACGGUGAGCUGGAACACAAUGCUGGAUGGGCACGCUAAGGCUGGGGAAGCAGAGGAAGCAUUUGAGCUAUUCCAGCGCAUGCCGGAGAGGAAUGUUGUGUCGUGGUCAACGAUGGUGUCGGCCUAUUGUAAGAAGGGAGACAUGGAGAUGGCACGGGUGAUCUUCGAUAAGAUGCCGACCAAGAACUUGGUGACAUGGACUAUAAUGGUGUCAGCAUGCGCGCAGAAGGGGCUUGUCGAGGAGGCAGGCAGGUUGUUUACUCAGAUGAAAGAGGCUACUGUGGAACUUGAUGUAGCUGCGAUUGUGAGUAUCCUGGCUGCAUGCGCUGAGUCUGGCUCACUUGCCCUUGGGAAGAGGAUUCACCGGCAUGUGCGGCAAAGGAAGCUGGGGAGAUCAACCCUUGUAUGCAAUGCCCUGAUGGACAUGUUUUGCAAGUGUGGGUGUGUUAACCGGGCCGAUUACAUCUUUGACACUGAGAUAGUCGAAAAGGAUUCGGUGUCAUGGAACACCAUAAUUGGAGGUUUUGCAAUGCAUGGGCAUGGAGACAAGGCGCUGGAUCUGUUUGCUCAAAUGAAGCAGCAAGGGUUCCGCCCUGAUGCGGUGACGCUGAUCAACGUUCUCAGCGCUUGCACACACAUGGGGCUUGCGGAAGAAGGGCGCCGAUACUUCUCUAGCAUGGUGACGGACUACGGUAUCAUGCCCCAAAUAGAGCAUUAUGGUUGCAUGGUCGACCUUCUUGGCCGAGGAGGGCUCAUCAAGGAGGCCGUUGACCUGAUUAAAAGCAUGCCUUGGGAGCCUAAUGGGGUCAUAUGGGGGUCCCUUCUCAGUGCAUGCCGACUGCACAAGAACGUGGAGUAUGCAGAACUGGCAGUGAACAAGCUGAGCAAGCUGCAGCCCUCAAAUGCAGGGAACUAUGCUGUCCUUUCAAACAUCUACGCAGAGGCUGGGCAGUGGAGCGAUAUGGCGAAGGUGAGGGUGCAGAUGAAAGGAACAGGGUCUCAGAAAACAGCAGGGUCUAGUUCGAUAGAACUGGAUGAGGCGUUCCAUGAGUUCACAGUUGGGGACAGAAAGCACCCAGAGUCAGAUCAGAUAUCCGAGAUGGUUGAUAGGCUGAGUUCGCAUGUUAAGCAUGUUGGCUGCGUUCCAGCAGGCCAUGAGCUGCUUGUGUAAUGAGUCAUAUGCCAAGGGCAUGCUUGUGAUUACAUUGCAAACGUGGAAUGCUCCACAAGGUGAUUUGCAUUGCAAGUCAUGUAAUCUGAAGAAAGGAAGCACUAACUCCAGUGAAACUAUGGCACUGCCUGCAAUCAAGAAGAUGCUGCGACAUGGUACAGAAGUUUCCAUAAUGAACCUGAAUGACCAGAGAUGUGUUCAACCAUUUCUCAGCAUCUGCACCUCUGCCAUCAGCUUUGCUCUGUUAAUUUGCUACGGUGACGAAAGCUGGUGACGGGAGGGACUGUCAAAAUACUGGCAAUGCAGUGAUAGGUUGGUCAAACAGUUGAUAGCCCAGUACUUUCAAUGCUUCAUUUGAUCUAUAGACGAUUCAUAAUUAGGGUCUUCUCAAAAUACAUAGAAUAAAGGUGAUAAGACCGUAGAUCACAGCCAAUUUUCUCUUUACAUUGUAACAGCAUAGUGAUUUUGUUAAGAUGAAUCGGUUAUGGGUUUUUGGCUGUUGUUGGCUCCAUAUUUUUACAUGCAUCAUCUUUGUAACUUAUGUAUGAUGAGAGGGUACAGAUUCUUUUUCAGUAGGUUUUAAUACAUGCAUCUGGAAAUGUAUUUGGAAUGAAAUCAAACGCUCUGCAUUUCACUGUUUGCUUGGUCUUGUGAUUUGUUGGUCCGCUGCUAAGAAUAUAUAGAAGCACAUUUCAGGUU